AUGCCAGCUGACAAUCACAGCGUUUUUACCCCCGUCACCUUCAUCCUGACCGGAUUCCCGGGUACGGAGGAGUCUCAGCGCUUCCUUGCGGCUCGACGGUGCAUGAUGCCAGCUGACAAUCACAGCGUUUUUACCCCCGUCACCUUCAUCCUGACCGGAUUCCCGGGUACGGAGGAGUCUCAGAAACGGAAUAGAAACUGCAGAGGACGGUGCAUGAUGCCAGCUGACAAUCACAGCGUUUUUACCCCCGUCACCUUCAUCCUGACUGGAUUCCCGGAAUCAGCCAUCCUGCUGGCCAUGGCGUUUGAUCGGUACGUUGCCAUCUGCAACCCCCUGAGAUACACCACCCUGCUCACCAAGCCUGUGGUCGGGAAGAUCGGGCUGGCGGUUCUCACAAGGAGUUUCUGUUUCGCUUUCCCCAUUGUCUUUCUCGUGAUGCGAAUGAAGAUCUGCGGAAAUAACCUCCUGCCUCACAUCUAUUGCGAGUACAUGACCCUAUCCCAGCUGGCCUGCGACAGCAUCACAUUCAACAUCUGGUACGACGUAACCAAGACCAUUUUAGUAAUCGGCUUGGACGCUGUGCUCAUUGCUGUGUCCUAUGUGCUGAUCCUCAGGGCCGUCUUCCAGCGCCGGUACCAGGGUGCCCGACUCAAGGCUCUGCGCACCUGUGGCUCCCACAUCUGUGUCAUCCUGUUGUACUACCUGCCAACUUUUGUCUCCUUCUGCAAAUACCAAUUUGGACAAAUCAUCCCUGGUUCUACUCUCAACCUCCUGGCCAACGUCUAUGUGCUCCUUCUCCCCAUGUUAAACCCCGUUAUUUAUGGGAUGAUGACAAAAGAGAUCCUGAAGCGGGUGAUCAAGAUGUUUUUUUAA